UCAACCAACCCCAGCUUUCGCGCCCGCUGCAUCACCACCCAAACCGAUCCGACCGACGCGGCAAUUCUGUCGCAUCAUCUCCGCCAUCAUGUACGGCAUGAACCAAGCCUACCAUGCCCCCGAUCCGAGUGCGCAGGUGCCGAAUCACCUCCUUCCCCAUGUGCACCUGAUAUCCUCGUACCGCUUCCCUACUCUCCCGGGCCUCCAAGCUCCGCAAGCCCUCGAGUACCUCAUCAAAGGCCCACAAAUCGUGCGCGACACGUCUCCCGUCGCGUGGACCUACCUUGCCGCCCCUCCCCAAGAUGGCACUGUCAUCCUCACAUGGCAGCCCCCGCGCAUGGGCACCAUGUUCGCCUCGGAUGGAAUGGUGUGGGCUGAUGCCGAGACCGCAUACGAUAUGAACGUACGCGGAUACACCCUCCAAGUUCUUGUCCACAACAGUGGCUACCACUACCCUCACGAACCAUAUGCUGUGCAUGCACGCCAUCGCUAUCGAAUCGCCGCAGGCCCUGGAAACAUCGAUCCCAAUCUCUGGCUUGUGCACUACAAACCCGCAGACCCACAAAGCAGAAUGCCCGCCGCCCAAAUACCCAUCCCACGAGAGGUCCAGGCCCAGCUACAGAUGCGCGCUCAACUACAGCAGGCUGGACCGUUGAUGCGUAAGGAAUUCAUGCUGGUCGACCAGGCCAAUUGGCCAAAAGUCGAGUUCGGACAACAGGCGAUGAGAGGCCCUCAGCCCUACUACAACCCCAUGCAGCCUGGCAGACCAUAUGCUGCGCAACCUCCGCCAGCGAAACGCCAGCGCUUGCCGACGCAACCUCAACCCCGCCAACCCGCUGCAGGCGUGCUAGCACCAGACAAUACGCUUGAAGAGGAGGAGAAUGCGACACAAGAUGCUUUCGACUUCCUCACUCCGCGCGAGAUUAGCUUGUCGCGUUACAAACAACAUCAUGAGUGGAUGGAGGAGAUCUUCUCAUCGCCGUACGCUGUUGGAAAGAUCGCGCCCAUCGAUCUAGGCCUAGGCCUCAUGGGCGAGCUUGCUCCCCUUACUGCUGGCAUCUUGGACGUCCCGGGAGCUGAGAACGUGGAGCCAGGAAAGGAAAACUACCAAAUCAAGAACUACUACAAGCUGGACGCAGACCAACUCAAGGACUUUGAGAAGCGCGUAGCAGAGUACACGAAGAACGAGCAGGCUGAAAUUGACGAGAUGAAGGCCGAGCACGCGAAGAAGGUGGCACAGCUGAAGCGCACUAGGACCUACAUCAAAGCCGAGCGCCGACUACGAGAUCUAUCCCGCUCUACCGAGAGCGAUGGCGAUGACGCAAACCCGGUCGAAGGAGUUGUGCAAGAUCUGGAGAAGUCGCUAGGUGUUACGUUUGAUGCGAAGAAGGCGGUCGUCUGCGUGGACAAGGGCGGUUUCAUUGAAGUGCAGCAGCCCUCUCCGCCGAAAGUGCAGAUGAAUGGCAACGGAGCCCAGCAGCAAGCAAAUGGCACAUCGAAUGGCAUGAACAACCAGGGAUCAAUGGAAGACAACUCGGCCGCGAAUCUUUUGGAUCAAUACGGAUCGGGAUCACUCAAUGGUACACCCAUCGGCAACAUGUCCUUGCCUAGACUAUCACAACCACCGAGUCAAUCGCAGUCCGCCACUGGUACACCCAAUGCACCCCACGGCAACAUGAACCAGUCGUCGACAUUCGAUCAACAGGAUACAAGCCUUGAUGUAGGAGCCGAUCUUCUGGAUCUGGAUGUAGAAAUGUCCGGCAUGGCGGGUGCAGGAGACAAGACUGAAGACUGGACGAUGAACGACCAGUCAGGCAAUGCACAGCAGUCAGCUGGCGGUGUCCAGCAGCCAAACACGAGCAACAACCAGCGCACGAACAAUGUCGGCGGAAUGCCUCAAUCCAAUAUCGACGCUGAUGCAGGCAGCAUGUUCGAUACCGCCGACUUUGGAAGCUUUGACAACAUUGAUAGCGCCGGAGACGCCCUGGCCGACUAUGGACACGAUGACAACCUGGGCUUGGACCUUGUCGAUGAUUCGGCGUUCGGCGAUGCUUUUCACGGGACUGAAAUGCAUCACGACGAGACUGGUGAAGGUGACCACGCAUAAUAUGCGUAUGCGAGUAUGGACUUGAAUCUGGACUAGCCGAUGUCCUGGUGUGUUGAAUACUAUUCUAGUUGCUGUACUAUUACGUUUUGUAUGACUUGGAGUCGACGGCGUCUCUUUGCAUAUCAAUGGCUUACCAUUAGCCUGAAGGUUUUCAUAUACGACACAAUUCUAGAGGCGAUAUUCUCUUGCUAUGUUUGCAAUGAACUUGUGGCUUCAACCACACCUGAACUUUAAUAGGAAGGUGCAACGUUGUGUUCGGUCAUUGUGGUUUGGGUCGUCAGCAAUGUGUCGCAAUAUGGCGAUUUUGAGGUUACGACUAGGGUCGUGUACAGCUUACUCUCAGCCAUUCAAUACAACAUCAAUGAACUAAAGCGAAUAGGUCUAAUACCGCUGUCUAGUCGCGGCCAUAUCGCAGAGAUCUCGAUCAUGAAGCCGGGGUUGCUAUACAU